AUGACGCUUGUAAAGGUUACCAUUUUGUUCUUUUUAUGGGGUUUCUCCUAUGGACUAAUUGAUACACUCAACAAACAUUUCCAAACCACAUUGGGCAUUACAAGAGCGAGGUCUUCGGGUCUGCAAGCAGCAUAUUUCGGAGCAUAUCCGUUAGCUUCCUUAGGCCACGCGAAUUGGAUUUUACGAAAAUUUGGCUUCAAGGCGUGCUUCAUCUGGGGUCUGUGCAUCUAUGGUAUCGGCUGCUUGAUUACCUGGCCAUGCCUGAUCUAUCGGUCCUUCGGCGGCUUUUGUGCUGCUACAUUCAUCAUUGGUAAUGGCCUGGGAUCGCUUGAAACGGCUGCCAACCCCUAUAUUACGAUUUGCGGGCCCCCGAAAUACUCAGAGAUCCGCAUCAACAUCAGUCAAGCUUUCAAUGGGAUUGGAACGGUCGUGAGUCCUGUGCUUGCGUCGUAUGUGUUCUUCAACCACGUGCAGGAUUCGCCCUCAGCUCUGACAUCAGUGCAAUGGACCUAUCUCGCUAUUGCUGUUUUCGUGUUCAUUUUGGCUGUUGUGUUCUUCUUCUCACCAAUACCCGAGAUCACGGACGCAGACAUGGCAUUUCAAGCUGAAGAGACUCACGCCAAUUCUGCAAUCAAGCCAUUCCGGAAGCAAUACCGCCUCUUCCAUGCGACAUUCUGCCAGUUCUGUUACACUGGAGCUCAGGUUGCCAUCGCAGGCUAUUUCAUCAACUACGUGACCGAAACGAGGGCGAAUACGGACGCUGCUCUUGCGUCAAAGUUUCUCGCAGGCGCACAAGGUGCAUUCACGGCCGGGCGAUUUAUAGGUUCUGGGCUAAUGAAGUUUGUCAAGCCGAGAUAUGUCUAUCUCGUUUAUAUGACGAUGAUCAUUGUCUUCAUCACGCCGUCUAUCACGCAAAGAGGUAAUACUGGCAUGUCAAUGCUGUAUCUGACUCUUUUCUUCGAGAGCAUUAUUUUCCCGACCACAGUGGCACUUGGUAUGAGAGGUCUCGGCAAAUAUUCCAAGCGAGGAUCUGGCUUCAUUGUGGGUGGCGUGGCAGGAGGUGCAUGUGUGCCACCGCUGCUUGGUGUUGCUGCGGAUCUUCAAAACAGCACAGCUAUUGCAAUGGCUGUGCCCCUAGCCUUCUUUAUAGCUGCCUGGUCAUACGCAUUCUGUGUCAAUUUUGUAGCAGCUUACCGUGGUCCGGUCGAUUCACUUGGCGCAGCGAAUAUCGGCAUCCAGAAUGCGGGCAGUGACGAGGACAGUCCUCAUGGCCACAUAGAGACGGAUAUCGAGAAGUCAGGUGCCGAAGCAAACGAGCAUGUUGGACGGUCACCGGUAUACGAGAAAGCUGCUUAA